AUGACAGUAAAGGCGGACACCGUGCCCAGCACACUCACCUACUCCAGGAUGAGGGGCAUGGUGGCUCUGCUGAUCGCUUUCAUGAAACAGAGAAGAAUGGGCCUCAAUGACUUCAUCCAGAAGAUCUCCACCAACACCUACACCUGCAAGCACAGUGAAGUGCAAUCCAUCCUGAAUAUUUCACAACCUUCAGAGCCAGAACUUUUAAAUGGAAACCCCUCACCCCCUCCCAGUCCGUCGCAACAGAUCAACCUUGGUCCAUCAUCCAAUCCUCAUGCAAAGCCAUCUGACUUCCAGUUUCUGAAAAUCAUUGGGAAGGGCAGCUUCGGAAAAGUGCUCCUGGCACGACACAAAGCCGAUGAGAAAUUCUACGCUGUUAAAGUUUUACAGAAGAAAGCCAUCCUUAAGAAAAAAGAGGAAAAACACAUAAUGUCAGAGCGCAAUGUGCUGUUAAAAAACGUCAAGCAUCCUUUCCUGGUCGGGCUUCACUUCUCCUUCCAGACGGCCAGCCGAUUAUACUUCAUUUUGGAUUACAUCAAUGGUGGAGAGGUAAGCAGGAGUUCCAUCCAGCAUACUUUUUUCCUGUUUCAGCUAGCCAUAGCAUUGUCUUUUCUUUCACUAUGGGAAAGUACUGCUAAAGGGUGGAAAGUUACUAGAUUUAGCAUUUCCCUAUGGGCUGCCAAGGUUCAGGCUGCUGCCGAUCACCCAGCUACUUCCAGCCAUUGUCUUUUUAGCUCCGCACAUCAGCACACGUCCAUUGUAUGA